GUUUACAAGUAGCAAGUAAGGAACCUUACAAGUAGAACAUUUUUCUGAAACUAUUUUAGUAGUAUUGCAGAAACACAUCAGAACGGACUUGUCCUUUGUAGAGUAAAAUCUAACGUCAGUGGUAAACAAAUUCUGUGUGUUAUAAUAAUUAUAACCGGAACUAAUUACAAAUAACUAAAUCGAACCUACCAUGGAAUUUAUAAAUCAAGUGGCUUUAGUUACUGGUGCAGCGUCUGGAAUCGGUUAUGCUUACACCAAGUACUUACUUCAAAAUAAUGUUAAGGUAGCGCUUUGUGACAUAAACAUCAAGCAAUGCCAAUCCGUUUCCAAUGAAUUUGCACAGAUCUUCGGCCACGAUAAAGUCUUAGCGUUACAUUGUGACGUCACUAACGAUGUGAUAUUUGAAAAUGCAUUCAAGUCGUGUAUAGACCACUUUAAGAGAUUGGACAUAGUCGUCAACAAUGCGGGAAUAUAUAACGAAACGAUGGAAAAGUGGGAGUCCACAAUUAACGUUAACUAUAACAGAAUGACUAUUACCCAGAAGAAAAACAGCUAUUAA